AUGGCUUCUAGGAGACAAAAUGUUCCCCUGUCGGAACUCCUUAAUGGGGAUGAUAGGGGGGCGCCACAACAGCCUCAUCAGGAGGCCCCUGCCUACUUCCCACAACAGCCCCGUCAGGAUGCUACUGCCCACUUCCCCCAACAACCUCGUCAGGAGGCUACUGCCCACUUCCCACAACAGCCUCAUCAGGAGGCUGUUGUGGGAAGUAGGUCUCCAGCCUGGGCUGCCCACAGACAGGCAGCACGGAGGGGGAAGGCCAUAGAGGCUGUUUGGAUAGAGCAGCAGCCUCAUCAGGAGGCUGUUGUAGGAAGCAGAUCUCCGGCCUGGGCUGCCUACAGACAGGCAGCACGGAGGGAGAAGGCCGCUGAGGUUAUCGGGAUAGAACAGCACCCACCAGCCGUACGACAAGUCACCUACCAGUCGAGGGGGACCAGUAUGCAUACUACCCCUCCCCAGAUCCAGUCGCAUCCCCAUGGGGUUAGGCCCCAGAUUAAUACUGCAACUUUCCAGAUCCAGUCGCAUCCCCAUAGAGCUGAGCCCAAGAAAAAGAAGCAAUGA